ACCAGUCGCCGUGUUUGCAGCAGCGUGCAUCAUCGUUUUCUUUUGCUCCAUUUUUGCGUGAUAUGACUUGGUAAUCGGCGCACUUUUAUCGCGGAAUGAAACAGACGCCAUUAUUCAUUACGAUAAAUGCGAUGCGCCGUGCCUUUGGAAAAUCAUCUCGUUUACUGGUGGUAUCUUGAUGGAAAUUGAACGAUGUGUUGCCUCGUUUGCGUGACGUACUACGGCCCAUAAACGACUCAUUUGCUUUGGCGGUUCUUUUCCCACUAAACCAAUACAGGCAGAAAAAGAGCGAUCGCUGUCUGUGAGACUGUAGAGUUAGUUGGAGCUGUGCAAGCUUUUUGAGACGCAGGUAAACAACCGGAUUUCAAUGGCAUUAUGCGUCUGAAUAGGAGUGUCGCUGUAUGACAGUGCAUUAAUCGUGUGUGGGUGUACGGAGAGGUUAUUAGUCGUGAACUAAUCCCGUUUUGUGCGGAGAUUCACGGAAGAUUAAUUUAUUUAUUAUUAUUUUAUGGCUUUGAAUCUAUCGAAAAAUCACGAUUCGAUCGUGAAUGCCUGGAAGGAUGUUGUGGAUGAUAAAUCAUCCACGAACUGGGCUGUCUUCGGAUAUGAAGGCCAGACAAACACGCUGCAGGUAGUCGCGACGGGAGAUGGGUCGCUGGAAGAUAUGACCGAGAAUCUGAGCGCGGGAAAAUGCAUGUACGCGUUCUGCCAUGUGAAAGAUCCGAAGACAACGCUGUCAAAAAACGUUUUUAUCAUCUGGCAAGGCGAAGGUGCGCCAGAUACGAGGAAAGGUGUGUGCGCUAAUCACGUCCGGCCGAUUGGUGACUUGUUAAAGGGUACACAUGUAACAUUCACCGCCCGCACGGACGAUGAAGUGGAGCCAGAGUUCAUUAUGGAUAAAGUCGUCAAGGCCUCUUCAUCGAAAUUUGAUUUCGACAGUUCACACCGUCCGGCCUCACCGCCUCCCGCUCCCGUCGGCUCCGUGUACAAAAAGAUCGACCCGUCGCUGAUUCUCAAGGAGCGCGAUGAGUAUCUGCAGAAUCAACAACGGGAAGAUCUGGCUGAGCGGCAUCAUGCUGAAGUGCAACGCCGGAAGAGUCAACAGGAAGAGCUACAGCAGAUCAGUCGCAAUCGACAGGCCAGCCUGGACGACGACAGUGAGAAACGUGCUUCGCAAACAGCGAUAAACGCCAGCAGUAAUCCGGUGGCAGCUGCGCUGGAGUCAAAGAAUUAUGUCAAUCUGCAAAAGAAGAACUGGGAGGAAGCACAGAAGUCAUCGGCCAGCAGUGUCAAACCGCAGGUGGAGAAGAAGCCGGUUAAACCAUUUAAUGUAGCCACACCGCCGCCCAAACCGCCCCAUCAGAUGCAGAAACCGGCGGCAUUCGGACCGAAAGGGACACUGUCCGCUCCGCGAGUUGUGCUAGCUCAAAAGAAAGUGAACGAUCCCGAUACGAAAGCCCGUGAGGAAGAGGAGCGCCGCCGAUGGGAACAGUCACAGAAAGAGGCGGAAAAUGAGGAGAAAGAGCGCAAACUGAAGGCGGAAAGUAUGCGACAGGAGCGUCUGAAAGAAGUCAAAGCCUUAGUGUCCGCGCGCCGACAGAGCGAAGACUUGACGGAUGAACACCAAUACAGCAAUACUAAAACGCGAACGGUGAGUCAGGCCAGUGAAAGCAAAUCACGCUCGACGUCGUCGGUGGGUGCAGGCAGUGAUGUGGCCAUGCAGGCCUAUCGUGAAGAAGAGCGACGGAAAUUCGAAGAACAGCAGAAGGAGUCAGAACGGGACGAGCAGGAACGCCGACACCGCAGUGAAUCGCUACGGCAGGAACGGCUACGGGAACUGGCGGCGCUGACGCAGAAGGAUGCCAGCAAGGACAGUUUCACUACACUCGGACAAACUGUGAAGGAGAAUCGGACAAAAGGGAAGAGAGGCGAGGAUCCGGACUUGCUGGCUCGGCGUGAAGAGGAAAAGCGCCGUUUUGAAGAGGCUCAGCGUGAAGCGCAAGAGGAAGAAAAUGAACGCAAGAACAAAGCGGAAAUGCUCCGUCAGCAGCGCGCUCAAGAGGCCGCCUCUCUCGUGGCUCAUCGUACAAGCAACGCGAAAGCACGCUUCGAGCAGACCAGUCCGAAAGAAGAACAGGCUCCGUCGAGUUUCGAAUCCCGACAGCGUGCCGGAUCGGCGCAACAAGCGGCCCGGGCGCUGUUUGAGCAUUCUUCCGCUGCACAGCACCACCCGCACACCCCAUCCACGCCGUCGUCACAUUCGAAAGCGCCCUUGACGCCGCAGACCAGUCAGAGCAGUGUUGGUCAAGAGCAGCCGGAAAUACCGCCGACCGACACUGAUUACGUGCAUCCUUCGCAGCGUGCAUUGCCGCCGCUGCCCCACGAAGAGCACGGACAACUGAAUGGCAGUGGUCGAUAUGAACGACAGAAUAGUGGUCAUGAAAACGGCAAGCACGAGCACUACCACACCAACGGGCAUAACGGAGUGGCAAAGCACGAGGAACACGAGGAAUACCACCAGAUCAGCGGCAGAACGCAGGUGCGCGAUGCCGAUACAAAGCCAGACAAUGUGCAAGUCAGCCCGACAAACGCGGUGAAUGCGUGGAAACAGGGACUGCCGGUGCGCCCGCCGAGUGAUGAUGAGCAUGAGCAUGACGAAGACGCAUGGAAUGAGCCGGAGAAAACAACGCAUCACGGCGUAACCAGUCCGACAUUGUCCAGCGCCAGCAGUUCCGGCCAGAAUCAGGGGCUGCAGGCGCGCGCUCUAUAUGAUUACCAGGCUGCUGAUGAAACGGAAAUUUCCUUUGAUCCUGGCGAUAUCAUUACGCAAGUGGACAAAAUUGAUCCAGGUUGGUAUCAAGGAUUGGCACCCAGUGGCCAGUACGGAUUAUUCCCGGCGAAUUAUGUGGAAAUGCUAACAUAGAUUUACUCCAUCUGACUUCGCCAUAGUCACUAUUGUGCGGCUUUGAAUGUUUGCGCUUUAUUUCGCCGGAUCAUCUUGGACUUUCUUUUUUGAUUUGUUCCUGUGCCUCGUUUUGAUUGUGGGACCAUGUUUUAUUGCUUGUUUGCACUUUGGCGUUUAAAACGUUAAACGACAGGAUUUGCGCGUGCUUCUGACAGUUCUUGUCACGGAUUUACAUUUGGCUUCAAUAAUUUAAACAUUUUUUUGCCUUUAUUCACCACUUUUGAUGUGUACAUUGCCAUUUUUUACAUUUUUAUCCCUGCGCUGAACACGCUGUUGCUGGUUGUGCGUGGAGGAUUUGUUUGGUUUGGAAUGACUUUUUGGUGUGAUUUGUAUUUUGUAGAAAGCAAAUUUGGCAGGCUUGCAUGGCAGCUUUUGCUGGGAAAUCUUUUACAGAUAUUUUGAUUGAGCGAGUUCGUAAUAAAUGGAAAGAAACUA